CUUUUGUGGUUCCCGCGAAGAUUCGUAUAACCUCUCUUUUUCGCAUUUCAUGAGUGUUCCACACCCUUGCCGCUAGGCUAGGUUAGCAACAUAUUUCGUCGUUGUCGUAUACGCGACGAUCGCUAGCGUCUAUAAACCGUAAUAGGAACGUUCCUCUCGCGGAAUAAUGAAAUCUUUAGAUAACGAGAGGAUUCGUCGACUUGCGAUUUGACAGUUCGCGACUUUUGUCGGCGACGUGUAUCGAGUGCCGAACGAACGAUCCAUUUUUGCGAAUGCACGCGAGAAGAGAACGAUGAAUACGUCCGCGAGAUUCGCGUUAGUGUUGUGAUACGCGCGAAAAUUGCUGAAUAUUAGUGGAGACGGCAAAUUUUUACGGUCCACCGCAAACGCGCGCGCGCGCGAGGCCUUGUCUUUUUCAUUCGAAAGGAAGAUAAGUUAAGUACAUGAGACGGAUUAUUAGUCUUGUAUGAUCCGCACGUCACGUUUACGUCUACGUCGAAUGAUAAUCUAGUGGUGUAACGUUUGUUCCUUGUAAGCAAUUUUAAACGGCCAAACCCCAAAUGUCAAAAAACAAAUUAAACUUGACAUUACCACCUGGCUCGAUAGAACCGGUACCAGAAGCGUCACCGUCGCCACCGGUGCCACCUUUACCCGCUUAUCCGGAACCUACGGAAAUGCCCGACGGCAUGAGGGAUACGUUGAGCAUAGAGAUUCUCCAAGCGAGACUAGAGGAUCUGGAGAUGGACGAAGAACAAAAGAAACGACUAGAGAGCUUUUUGGGACAGAAAGAAAAGGUUGGAGAACUGUGUGGCGAGGAUUUUGAAAAGUUAGGUGAAUUGGGCUCGGGUAAUGGUGGUGUUGUUACAAAAGUUAAACAUAAAAAAUAUGGUCUGAUAAUGGCGAUGAAGCAAAUACGUUUGGAAGUAAAACCACCUAUUAAGAAGCAGAUAAUUAGAGAAUUAAAAGUUCUUCACGAAUGUAACUUUGCACAUAUAGUUGGAUUUUACGGCGCUUUUUGCAGUGGGGGAGAAAUUUGUAUAUGUAUGGAAUAUAUGGAUGGUGGAUCGUUAGACCUAAUAAUGAAAAAAGCAGGACGAAUUCCAGAAUCCAUGAUAAGUACAAUCACGUGUGCUGUUCUGAAAGGUUUGACUUACUUGCGAGAUAAGCACGCCAUAAUGCAUCGGGACGUAAAACCGAGCAACAUCUUGGUCAAUAGCGCGGGUGAGAUUAAACUCUGCGACUUUGGCGUUUCUGGCCAACUGAUCGAUUCGAUGGCUCAUUCGUUCGUCGGCACACGAAGUUACAUGUCGCCAGAAAGACUCCAGGGAUCGCAUUACUCGGUGCAAAGCGACAUUUGGUCACUCGGAUUGUCACUGGUGGAAAUGGCGAUUGGGAUGUAUCCUAUACCACCGCCGGACGAUAAGCUUUUAGCUUCUAUAUUCGGUUCGGAAUGGGUGCAACACGUCGGAGAGAAUCCGACGCCAGUCAGCGAGUCCACACCGCCUCCACGACCGCCAACGAGACGUUGCACGCACACUCCCAAACCCUUGGCUGUAUUCGAGCUGUUGGAACUGAUAGUCAAUGAACCACCACCGAGACUGCCAUCCGGAUUAUUCAGCAACGCUUUCAUAGAUUUCAUCGAUCGGUGUUUAAAAAGGAAUCCAAACGAUAGGGCAGACUUGAAAACGUUAACGAAUCACGAGUGGAUAAAGAAAGCCGAAUCGGAGAACGUAGACCUCGCUGGAUGGGUGUGCCGCACGAUGAAUUUGCAACCAUCUACGCCAACACACUUAUCUACCGUGCAGUCCUGAAUAAAUGUAACUCUUACAUACUUGACUACGUAUAUUCGCGUUCAGUACUCCUAAGUUACAUCUUGAUUCAUUUAGGUUUUCAUUCGACUAAACGGUGGCGUAUGUAUCCCUUUUGUUCUCUCUUAUCUAUAGCGAAAAUAUAUUUUACAAAAUUUAUCAAAUUAAUACACCUACGUUUUUGAUAGGUGCGCUGACCGUAUCAAAUCGACACUAAAUCAAUCUCACUGAUCACUGUUGAGCGCGAUACACGAACGAUUACACAGGGAUUUGCUUACGAAAGAUUUGCCCGUGAGAAUUCCGAUUGAUAUCGCGUGUAUCUUGGCCAUUUUCUUGGUUUUACAGGGAGGAACGUAAGACUACGUUGUGUAACGUGUGUAAUAAUCUGUAUCGCACCGCGAUACGUAGGUGUAAAAUACUUGGAUCGAUUCUUGCGGACCGGAUGAGUCGUGUUACGCUCCAACUUUGCUCAUCCAAAUAAUUUGUACGAAGCACGCCACUGUGCCAAAUAUUAAUUUCAUAAGGUUCACUUUAUGUGUUCGUCUUAUGCUUCUGUUGAAAGUAUGUAAGAUGACAAAUUGCAAUAUAAGUUUAUUAUUAGAUUCAUGGGCAAAUUGUGUUCCCCGUGAUACGAUAUUAGGAUGCGCGAGUGUGCAUUAAACUUACGAACGUCGUUUGAAAAAAUUAAUUAGAUCAAGUUACUUGUAUAAGAUUUGUACCUGACAUCCAUAGAAAUGUUAUUUACACGAUCAAAAAUUUCAUCUUUAAUCACGUUAAACCGUUGUUUUUAUAUCGAUGCGUGACUUUGAUUAAACAGGGUUGCAAUCUUUAGUUUCACUCACUCACUCAUUCGCACACGCACACACACACGCGCGCACACACACACACACGCACACACACACACGGAACAUACGCAUGUGUGUUCAUUUACAUUACGGCGAUCAUUUUAAAAAGAAGCAAUUUAGAGAGAAUAUUUUGAUAACAUGAUCCGAGUCCUUCGAAUUCGCUUGCGAAUUUAUCAGCAUUAAUGUGCAAAACUUACAUAGAGAGAGACUAUUGUAUACAUUUAAGAUAUAAAAGACCAACUCUGUCAUCGCAUAA